CUGACACGGUGGACCCAGUUUUGCGUUUUGAUGAAAGAGCCCGGGAUGAGACAUCUCCGCGUCUGCACAUGUUUGUUUUGCCUCUCGCACAUUUUAUUUUAUUAUUUUUCUAGCCUAGACGGACGUGCGUUUUGACGCGCUCUCCGGGUGUGAAAUCGAGCCUCCGCGUUAAAUCACUGAGAAGAAUAAAGCAGCGACUUUGCGCGGCCAGGAUAUCGACAGUCUGUAAGUCAGCCUCGCUUUUCCCCCCCUCUUUGAAUCCCCGCUUCCGUGGUCCUCUGCGUUCAGACCACAGCCACAGCGAUGCCAGAGACAACUCAAGAGACGUGCGCUUCGGCCAAGGACUCUCCUUUCUUCAUUAAGAACCUGCUGAACUGUGAUAGCAAACCAUCCAAACCCAAGCCCGUACUGACUUCCACCAAGGCGGCCUUGGAGGGAGGAUUUUCCCUUUCCCAGGUCGGGGACUUCAACUUUCCACGCUUUGACCUGCCCGCGCAGAGGUUCAGUUUACCGGCUCACUACUUGGAGCGCACCUCGGCGUGGUGGUACCCCUACGCCUUCAGCUCAUCCGCCCACCUACACAGAACCGAAGUCACCGAGAAACCGGGAGCCAGAGACUCCUCUCCAACCUCGGGCACAGACAGAGACUCACCGGAUCUGGUACUCAAAUCCGAGCCAGACGCCAAAGACGAGGACGAGGACGAUGAGCAAAACAACAAAAGCGGCGACGAGAUUAUCCUGGAGGAGAGCGACACGGAAGAAGCCAAGAAAGACGAGCUGGAGGAGUGGAAGAAGAGGGACGACGACAAGAAGCCGUGCCGCAAGAAGAAGACGCGCACGGUUUUUUCCCGGAGCCAAGUGUUCCAGUUGGAGUCCACCUUCGACAUGAAGCGGUACCUGAGCAGCUCGGAGCGGGCCGGCCUGGCCGCGUCCCUGCACCUGACGGAGACUCAGGUGAAGAUCUGGUUCCAGAACAGGAGGAACAAGUGGAAAAGGCAGCUGGCCGCGGAGCUGGAGGCCGCCAACCUGAGCCACGCCGCGGCGCAGAGGAUAGUCCGGGUGCCCAUCCUCUACCACGAGAACUCGGCCUCUGAGAGCGGGGGCGCCGCUGCCAACGUGCCCGCCAGCCAGCCGCUGCUCACCUUCCCGCACCCGGGAGUCUACUACUCCCAUCCCAUCGUCACAUCCGUGCCGCUGCUCAGACCGGUUUGAAAAGAGCUCAGUCCGGCGGCACAAGUUGGUGUUUAUUUUCACAAAUCAACUCACCAGAAAAAAAUAAAAAUAAAAAAAGACUUAAUAUUUUUGUACAACUGACUGAAUGAAGAAAAAAAAAAAAUAAAGAAAAGAGACACAGUCAGGCCUACAUGGACCUAUUUUGGCAAAUAUAUUGUGUCAUUUUCCAUAAGGGUGCCGUUUACACGUGAUCCGACAAUUCAAAUCCAACGUUUAUUAUUAUUAUUAUUAUUAUUAUUAUUAUUAUUAUUAUUAUUAAUCACCUCAGGAGUCCACCUGCUUACACUGCCUGAUGAGUGUCUUUUAUUUUUCCCUCCUUUUACACCUCGACUGUUGCUGGACAGGCUGACUCUGUGUGACGUAGGCCUGCAAAAAACACAAACAAACAAACAAAAACUUCACCUUGUUUACAAACAUUGGCGGCGUGAAGGCGCGGGCCUGCUUCUCACCCAACAACCAAUUAUCUGAUUUCACUUUCAUUUCCAGAACUGACGAAGCUACACGAUGAUGUGCAAUACACUGACGGUGUGCUGUGAGUGAAUGAGUCCGGGAAACAUCGUGUAUGUUUAUCAGCCAUUCACGGCUCGAUGUUAAUGAGAAUUUUGUUGUACUUCUUUCAUUUUGUCCCCCCUUUUUUAAGCGCUUGACGGCGGACAAUCAAGACACUCUCAAUUGUAAGAUACCCACGUAGCUUUCUGUUUAGUUUUAGUGACUCUCACCCUCGUUCCCUCCACAUGGACGCGUCCCUCAAGCACAAGUGAGAGCUCCAAUGUCUCUUACUCGACUUUGUGUUUUUGAAUAGGAGCGGCAAAAAUAUCGACUACACUGGUGUAAAAAACAAGAAAAAAGUAAAUGUAUAUAUUUAAUGAGGCACGGGGAGAGGAGCGGCCACUUGCGGCUGCUCCUUUGUACAGUAAAAACAACG